ACUGAAGCAAUGAGCACUAGAAAGAAUCCAUGAAGAAAUGGAAAAGCAGGAUGUUGGAGCAGUCUCUGACUGCAGGACAGCAAUGAAGCUCAGCCAGGAUGAAAUAGCUCUGGUGACUGAGACUGGGGAAGCUGCCCACAUCACAGACAGGACCAAUACAUGCUGACAGAGCAGGACAUGGCAGAAGUAUCUGGUAGAGAACAGGGACUUUGUUCAACACAGACAUUUGCUUGACAUCUCUUAUCAGCACUGAUUUCUACACAAAGGUCUUCAAAUUCAUGUGGGGAAUGAUAAGGAAAUUGCUGCAAUUGUCCAAAUAUUGUAAGAAAUUAUUUGCAUAAAAUGCUACAUGCGAAGCAGAAACAACCUCAGUGGUUUAUAGGAGGCUGAAGUUGGUAGCUGCUCUAGCCUUGAUUUUUAAAUAGCACUAUGCAUUGAAUGAUUGUGCAAACAAGAUGAGUGAGAUGGAUGGGGUGAGAUGCAGUUUUGAAUGUUACUGUCAUAAGCCUGUAGCAAGUGAGAGGGCUUGAAAGGAAACUCCUGCACCCACCCGUGCUGAGGAAGCUAGUUACACAGGGGGACAUGGACUUUGGAGGCAAAGGUGCUGGCUGCAGCUAAGGCUGAGAAAUGGCCCACGUGCUCUCUGGGCUCUGAGGAGCCCUUUUUUUUUUUUUUUUUUAAAUUUCAUUUUUUCCUUAUUUAAACCCUGGAAGCAUAACAUCCUACAGAGGCAGGAUUCAACCUCUACCCUUUCCAAUAGAGGUUUUUUCCCAGCCGCUUCAUAUGGAAGGCUUGAAUAACUUUCCUGAACUGCCCAUCCCAAGGUCUUCCUAUGUUCAUCUUGCUUUGAACCUCAGAUCUACACCUUUCCUGCUGCAGUUGGAGCCUGUUGCUUCUUACCCUGCUCUGGCUGCACAGAAACCAAUUGACCACCCUUUCCAUUACAACAUAUGAAAGACCACUCCUUCCUCCCCACCCACUUCCCACCCCCAAGACUUCUCUUUUCUAGGCUAAAUGGACCCAACUUCUUCACUCCUUUCUCUUAGUGCAAUAUUUCUAUGUAUUUAUCCUUUGUAUUGUUCUCUUCUGGACUAUUCCACUUCUGGACCUGGGACUCUUAAUGGGUACUGGCCCUGCACAGGCAGUACAGGGCAGUGAUCUCCUCUGCCUUGUCCCAGCACCCUAGACCUGUACCCAGCUCCUUUGCGACACCUCUGUGCUGCUGGCAAAGCUUUGGCUUUCAAUGCUCUGCAGCCCCUGGAUUUUUCCCUGCUAUUCUGCUGCCCUGGUCGGUUAUUCCCCAGAUCUUCUAUCUACAUCUUGCUUUGCUUUAUAUUUGCAUUUGUUCUUGCUGAACUGCAUCUUGCUGCUUUCCAUUUCUUCAGCAGUUGAGAUCACAUUAAGCCCAACCUCCAGAGUCCCUGCAGCCACUCUGUCCCAGAAGAACAGGACUCCCUUAAGCGUGCUGUUAUUCAGAAGGGACAAAUGCAGGACUGGAUGGCCCCAUACUUCCUUUAAAACUCUCUGGAACUAGCCCUUCUCUAUCAAGCUGCUAGUCCAGCAGUAACCUAACAUUUGCAAGUUCAUCCAAUGCCACUAACAGUGAUUUCACUGCUACUGUGAUCAAGAUCAAGAAACCUAAAUGAUCCCAGAGAGAAACUCAGGGGAUGUUAUUCACUGUAAAUUUAGUCACCUAUGUCAAGCACCAAGAUUAGGAGAGUGCCUCCUGAGGCUCCCCCUCGUAGCAGGGGAGGGGCAGCAGAAACCAGCUCCCCAGCCUGCAGCAGGUGCCCAGGGCAGCUCCCACAGAGCUGUGAGCAGGUGCUGGUGGAGCCAUGCUGGUCGUUUCUGCUGCUCUGGGUUGGGGGAUUGCAUCUCUGACCAGAGGAAUGGCCCGUGAGGAGACAACAUGGGUCCUGCCCAGCCCAGAGGAGCACUGUGAAGGCUCUGCCAUCUUCCCACCAGGAGAUACUGUCUCACAGCACACUUAUUCACUCAUAAGUGACAGGAAUUCAUUAGCACUGUAGCCAGCUUGAGGGCAAGGAGUGUGUUUGGGCAAGGCAAAAAAAGGGAUGUUCUCUUAGUCCCACUCAGCAAGACCAAGUGUCCAAGCCCUCUCCCCUGCUGUUGCUCUCUCCUGAGGUGUCUCCAUCAGUUGUUAAUAAAAGCUCAGCUCUGGGCAAACCAAGGUGCAGCUCAAAACUUUCCUCCUGUGGAUCAAAGAAUAGCCUUUGCCAUAGACACGUUCUGGACACUUUUGCACAGACUGCCUGGCUCCUGCCAGGACACCCAGCUUCCCUGCACCACCUCCUGCCAACACACCCGCCACCUUCCCGAUUGCCUCCCUUCAGAUACUGGCCUUGCUAGAUAUAAAAGGAAGGAAUUCAGUUUAUUUGCCCAAUAAUGGAACAAGGAUAUUUUUCUCUGAGGAAGAAGCUCCGCUCCCUCCAUCCUGCCCUGAGUAACAGCAGCAUGCAGAGCAGGAUGGGCUAGGCAGUCUCUGAGACCCACUCACCAGCAGAGGAGUGUGGUUUCCUCAGGAGAGUGGGAAUCCAGCACUGUGCUACCUGGAAAGGAAGUGCCGCUCAGGGUUGCAGAGUUCAGAGGAAGUGUAGCAAAGGAGCAAGUGAAUGGAUCCUUCAGCAGUUGUGCUGCUAUCUGGUGCCUUGGGAAACUUGAACUCAAUGCCCCUCAUCUCACCAAUGCCUUCGGCUACUUCAUGCCUGGAGCCAGCCACACCAGAGGAGCCCUGCCUACUACAGGGGGGCUGUACUGCCAGGAGAUCAGGUCCCUCAGGGUGGUUCAUGCCAAGCAAGCAAACCCUUGCAGCCAUGUUAGAAAGUGUGGUGGAUCCUAACAUUUCUCUACAGCACACCAGGAGAAAAAAUACACUCCAGGCUGUGAAAUGUUCGAAUAGUAGAGCCAAGGGUAGGGCACCAGUGCCACAGGAUGUUUCUAAAGAGGGAAAUGGGUCAAAAUGGAGCAGUUUUGCUACUGGAGCUAAGCCAGACAAUUUCACCAAACUGCUCAGCCUGCAGCCAGCCCCAUGUGGUCCUUUUUCAGCCCCACAUUUGCCCAUGUGUUGGCUCUAUGAGUAGUGGCAAGGAUGGGAAGAAAUGCCAGCAAUGCCCAUGCAAGUCCGCACUGCGUUCCAAGCACGUGCACUUUCUGUGCUGCAAUGUGGCUGCAAACCCAAAGCUGCCAAUACUCUUGCUGUAGUGACCACUGCAUCUCAAGUGCCCUUGCUGAUACCCUGCUGCUGAGACUUGCUAGCUGCUCCUUCUUUAGGCAGGAGAAACUCAAACAGAAUACCAAUAUGCAACAAAAACCAGUAAGGAGGAACUGUGAAUUGCUGCUUUCCACAGGAGAGGGUUACUGUGGAUGGGUUCAUGCCUGUUUCUAUAUCUGCUCCUUACAGCGCAUGCAAGAACAUAGUCACUCCAAAGAUAUGUGCUCCUGUCUGAGAGUAGAGAGUCUGUGUUGGUGUGUGUUCCUGGUUCAUCCUGGUGGAUCUGGUAACAUGAGCAGAUGAGAAAAUAAAUGGUCCCUGCUUUGGCACUCCCUUCUCCUGCAUUGUCACCUCCAGAGCCACUAGCACUGAAGCACUGCUGUCCCAAGGGCUGCUUGCAUGUCUUCAGUCUUCCAAGGUUCAUGCUAAGGAUGGAAGUAGUCCCACAGAGCACAGCCCAGGGGAAAAACAAGGGGAUGCAAAGCAGCUUCUCCUUGCUGCUGCCUGCAUGGGCUGAUCCAUAGAUCCUUACAUUUACGGUACUUUAAUUUGUCUGCCAGGGUUAAUAUUCCCCUUAUGGGCCAGUGGUGACAUACUGAUGAAUGUUCUAAAGUGCUAAAUAUCUUUACUUUAUAGAAAAUACUAGUCCUACCAAAUCCAGUCCAAAUAUUCUAUGAUCCUGAGCCUUCUUCUUAGAUAGGACUGGUGCUUCAUCGUACCCAUGCAAGCCAUCUGCACAAACAGCAUUUACGUGGCACCUGCUGAGGGUACCCGUCCCCUCCUCAGGACCCACGUCAAUGGUGUCAGGGAUGGCAGGAGGCAGUGUGUUGUGGGGAGAUGUGUGGCUACCUGGGAAUUUCCCCAGCUGGCUUGGGGUGACUGAGGCUGCCUGGGCCUGGACUGACCCCCUGCCUGCAAGGGGCUGGCAUGGCACGCAGUGCCCCUGGAAUUUCUGGGGCUCCCAGCAGCACCUCCUCCGCACUGCCCUCCUUUGAGGGUCCAAGUUUCACAGCCAGAGCUGGGGCUUUUCUUCCUUUCCAUCUCUGCUGUUUGUCUCAGAGAAAACCCAUCUUGUUGUUUUUCAACUGCUUGAAGGUGAUUUUCGGGGGUUUUUCAGGCUAUUUUGAAGCUCAUUUUUCCCAGAUGUGCUUUUUUUUCUUCUUCUUUUUUAUUAAUUUUUUUUCUUCUGUAACUUUUCUUCUUUGCCUUAAAGUUUCCGGCCACGUGACUUUCAGCUUACAUCCCCGAGGUUCUGAGAAACCACAGGAGGCUGAGACCUAAAGGGAAGGUGCAGAGCCUCCGAGAGGAGAGGCAGCGAAAGUGUUGGAGUGUUGGGCAGGAGGACAGUGUGCUUCUGGGACGGGUGAGAGCAGGGAAGCCAAGGGCUAUCUCAGAGGUGACAGAGGAGGGUGGGGAGAGGCAGAGAAGCAAGACAGAAGGCAGGCACACCAAGAGGACAAAGGAAGCUGAAGAGACCCUGGGAGCCAGAGCCAGGAGCCAUGCCCCACAGCUCCGACAGCAGUGAUUCCAGCAGCUUCAGCCAGUCUCCCCCUCCCAGCAAGCAGGACUCUUCUGAUGACGUGAGAAAAGUCCAAAGGAGGGAGAAGAAUCGUAUCGCUGCCCAGAAGAGCCGGCUGAGGCAGACUCAGAAAGCAGACACACUGCACUUGGAGAGCGAAGACUUGGAAAGGCAGAACGCUGCCCUGCACCGGGAGAUCAAGCAGCUGACAGAGGAGAUGAAGCACUUCACCUCGAUGCUGAGCUCCCAUGAACCACUCUGCUCCAUCCUGACAUCCCCUCCACCGCCUCCAGAAGUGCUUUACGCCACACACUCCUUUCACCAGCCCCACAUUAGCUCCCCACGCUUCCAGCACUGAGCUGGAAGUAGGACGACAGCCUGCCAGCUCCACUGAUGGCAAGAAGUAACUUCGUGGGGCUCACUUUUCCAUCCAAGGGAAGGAAUUGGACAAGUGGACAUUCCUUCCUAAAGUGUGUACUCUGAGUGACUUGCCUAAGACUUACUUCCUGUACAGAAAUGGCAGAGCCACCACAAAGCAUCUUGGGACAGUUUCCAGCUUGGAUCCUGAGAAGAGGAGGCAGUCACAAAAGGGCACCAACCCCCUUCUGUGGUGCUUGUUUGGGCACACUCACAAGAGCGUGCAGCACCGACAGCCUCCAUAAGAGUGGCUGGAUGUGACAUGCAACAGCCGGAGCUACAGGAAGAGGAAUGGGAGCAGGGGUGGAGGAGGUUGGGGGCCACAGAGUAUCAGGGAAAAACUGGUUUAUUUUUGUAAAAUAAAGAUUGAAAAUUCUUAA